GUCGCAUGUUUUACUUUAGACUGCAGGAAUUGGGUGCGUAGAAUACCCUGAGGCUGAAUUGCGAUACGUCCUUGGCACAGGAUGGACGCGAGCCCUGAAGAAAAAUGCCAGGGAAGUGAAGGUGAACAGGGCAAGGUUUGUGACCAGAAAAGCAGGAACGUCGUCUCUUCAGAACUGAAUGCAGACGACAAAGAAAAGGACAGCAUGUCGCAGGAGGAAAGUGGUGCUACUCGAAUGGUCCAGGAUGAGCAAGCUGAUUCUCCUGUUGCUGAUGGUGCUGCCGGUGUUGCAGACGGUAGUCAAUCUCCAGAGUGUGAUGGUUCUCUUGUUGGAACAGAGAAUUCAACUGCUGGAUCUAGCGAGGAGUCUUCUGAUCAUGAUUAUGCCCAAAUAUCAGAUUCGGAAACUGACGCGUCCAUACUGGAACGUCUUUUUCCUGAAUUCCCCAGCUGCGACGAUGGGGAUGAGGAUGAUGAUGAUGAUGACAAAAACACCAGCGACGAGGACAUCGGGGGUGGCGCAGCAGAGCCUGAUAUCCCUGGCUGCACGGAGGACACGCGAUGUCCGGCGAUGACGCGGUGGAGCACUGCGUACGACCUGCGACGCCGCCACCUGGGCCUCUGCAGCGCUUCGUCACUGCGGCGCAGAGCCAUGAGCAGCUACGCGCUGGUGCGGCGACUGGACAAAGAGCGCGAGAUAGCAGGUCACGAGGGCUGCGUAAACACCCUACACUACAGCGAAGACGGAGAGGUGCUGGCGUCGAGUGGCGACGACUUGAACGUGAUGCUGUGGGACUGGCGACGAGGCAAGCGUACGCUGGCCUUUGCCAGCGGGCACAGCAGCAACGUCUUCCAGGCCAAGUUCAUGCCCAGCUGCCUGAACUCGAUGAUGGUGUCGACGGCGCGCGAUGGCCUAGUGCGACGGCACCUGCUAACCCCGUCGGGCGACGUGACAUCCAAGACGGUUGCGGAGCACGACGACGCUGCUCACAAGCUGGCCCUGGAGCCGGGAAACCCGCACACGGUGCGCUCGUGCGGCGAGGACGGCAAGGUGUUCUCCAUCGAUUUGAGGACGGACGAAUGCGAGCUGCUAGUGCAGAGUAUGGAGUUGCGCAGCCCCCGGCACGCUCGUCUCUACUCGAUCUUCACCAAUCCAGUUCAGCCGUGGUACUUUGCCGUGUCUGGUUCUAGUCGAACCCUCAGCGUCUAUGAUCAACGGUACAUCACCGACGAUAGACCGGUCCAGCUCUACACGGUGAAGAGCAUGAAGGAGCACGCCACUGUAACGUGUGUAGUGUACAGCAAUGACGGCAAGGAGCUGUUAGCGACAUACAAUGACGAGUCCAUCUACAUCUUCAACACGGAGCUGAGUCGGACUGUGCCUGUACACCGCUACACGGGUCAUCGCAAUAACGACACCAUUAAGGGUGUCAACUUCUUUGGCCCGAAUUCCGAGUACGUUGUGAGCGGCUCGGACUGCGGGCACGUGUUCAUCUGGGAGAAAUCCACCGAGAAAGUCGUGCAGCUGCUGAAAGCUGACGAGGUGGGUGCGGUGAACUGCCUGGAGCCCAAUCCUCAGUGUAUGGCGCUGGCCACCAGCGGUUUGGAGCACACGGUCAAGGUCUGGACGCCGCACGCCAGGCGGCCGACGGACAUGAGCGGGCUCGAGGCCGUGACGUCGCGCAACGCCACCACCCUGCAGCACUCCAGCGCCUGGCUGGUGAACGUGCUGAUGGAGCACCGCAUUCGCAGCCUGAUGAGGCAUCGGCGCAUGUACGGGAACCGUGCCGCUGCUGCUGGCGGCGUCGGAGAUGCUGCUGCUGCUGCUGCUGCCGAUAUGCUCGCCAGAGGCGAUGAGGACGACAGCGACGACGAGAAUGGCCCGGGCAUCAACUGUGUUCAAGCCUAGCGACGUCCGUGCCGGUCUCGCCUCGUUGUAUAGCUACAGCUGCGACCGUUUUCUGCUGACCAUGUUCUGCUGACCGCUCUGUGUCGGCUGCCAGAGGUACUCACUGACACGUUUCACCGCAUCCACAACCACCUCACCUGACCUGGCCUUUCGUGCCAUUGCCCGUCGUGUCAUUGCCCGUCAUGUCUCUACUGUCUGCAUCGCUGGGGCUAUCUGUCGUGUUGCUCCUGCUGCUGCUUCUUGUUGUGCUCGCUGCUGGCCUCUAGUAGUCCUGCAGGUGUCUCCAGGAAUAUCACGUAUGUAAACUGACUCUGUGGUCUUUGCUGUCGCUGCUGUGGCAGUUGCUGCUGGUAUUGUUGUAGAGAAUAGGAUAGUUGACAUCAUGGCCAAACCAUCGCUUGUCGAUCCAAAUUGCCAGCCUGACAACGUAGUCCACGAGUUUAGUACUAGUUUGUGUGAACGAACAGCUAUGACACUCGCAGCUUGUUGUGCUGUUUUUAGUAGUGUUCUUUUUUAUAUCCUUUUUUUUAGCCACGUUGUACAUUGUACAUGUACCGUGCCACACAUAUGGCCCAUACGGUGCCCUUCAUUCAGAUCAAGAGCGUUUUAUCAUUUGAAGUUUUAUGCACACUGGCAAAUAUCAGCUUUUCUCACACUUUUGUUCCUGGCACGAACACAUUAGCGGCAAACUAGAGGUAAUAGCUUUCUCUAGCGCUUAUCUUUUUGUCUUACUUAUGUCUGGGUCCCCCACUACCAGCACACCAGCUACCUGACGAUCUCCCGUGGAGUGAAGCUCGGGGUUUUUACUACACGUGUUGUGUGUCCUUAUGGUGUGUAUUUUCUUACAUUGUUUCGAAUUUUAACAAUGUAUGUCCACGUCAGCAGCUUCUCUUUACUCUUUUUUUAUGUGUCUGCCCUGCGUACGUGCGUGUCCGAUGUCGUUUCACCGUGUGCAUGUGUGUGUGUGUGUGUGUGCGUGUGUGUGUGUGUGUGUGUGUGUGCACUGUGUGGAGUCUGUUUCCUGCUAUACCCGGUUUACUCUGCUGCUUGAGUCAUCUAUAACUAACUGUCACCAUACUUACUCUCUCGUUGUCUGCUUUCCUGUAUUUUCGUGGGUUCUGUUUCUGUGUGCUUGUAUGUAUGUGUCAAAUCCUAUUCUCUCUUUUACUCCCGCUGCUGUGUUCUUUUGCUCCGCUGCCCUGGCUACCGCUGCCUUUGAACAUACUUUCGAUAUCUGGAUUUUUUUACUCUUUUUCCUGUUGUAUUCCAUUGCCUGUUGUAUUGCUGUGACCAUUGUUAUUGUGCACACGCUCAUAAUCAUGGUAUCAUACCGUAUAUGGCCGUAGCCAAUCGAAA